AAAGAUUUAUUACUAAACAAAUUAAAACUAGACUAACUUGAACACUAAAUGUAUGGUGUAACUAAGGUGAAUGAGACGGAGAAUGGUGUAGUGUGGAAUGUUGUUCAGAACCAGCAAAUCCGGAGAAACAAUUAGUUCUGGUGGGAGUGAAGGUGAUGUCUUCCACUAAGCUUUUGGCUUGGAGAUUCCUAACCCUAAACACACGUUGAGACGCCAUUCUGUCGGUCUACGUACCCUUGGCGGAAGUCCCCGUCUAGGUCAGGAGGUGUAGAAGUCCAGCUUGGACCUUUCUGGAGCCGAAGCCUGUAGAACUGCCGCAGCAGCCGACCAGUCCAGUCUUUGAGAUACUUCCGGGUCACGACAGUUUGUUGGCAUCUAACAAGAUCCCAAAACGGGUUGUGAUGGUUCAGCUUUUAUUCUGAAAGGAACCAUUGCUUGGUUGGAACAGCAACAGAUUUUAUCCAGCUUGUCGUUGGUUCUUUGGGCUGAAGAGGAAAGUUACGGAUUGGCCACUCCGACAACUUCUCUAGAACGCUUUGAACUGGCGUUAAAGAUGGCGUGGGCAUAGUUUUAUACUUCGGAUGUUUUGGUUUAUGGUUGAAUGAAAAGUUGACAGAUUUACCAAACACCACCAAAACCACGCCUCCGUCAGAUCUGUUAGAUUCUGAUUGGAUCAAUAAAAGUAAUGUGUCUUGUCUUAACGCUACGUGAGAUCAGUCCUAGUGGAAACAUUUAAAGUUAUAUUACUUAUUAUAUUCUAUAGGAUUUUAAUAAAGUAAUUAAUAUUUUCAUUUCACAGAUUGGUCACAUCUUAUUAUUGACUAACACUUUGCUUGAUUAGCUUAUUAAAAACAGAGUUCUGUGAUUUAUUAAAAGGAGAAAGUCCUUUCUUCAUUCUUCUCUUGAGCUGGAAAGGAAAACAGUUCAGAAGCAGAUGCAUGAGACCUUGAACAAUAUCUCAAGCAGACUCGUUCUUGCUGAGGAGAGGGGGAAAUGACUUUUAGGUGGAAAACAGUCAUUUCAUUCUGUUACAUCAGUAUAACUACACUUUACCAUCUAUAUAAAUAUGAACUGGAUUCAGUUUUUCAUUUUAAGGAAUUUAGUCAUAAAUCAUUACAGAAAAUCAAAAUUCUCUCCUCCAGGCAACGAAGAACCGUGUUUUGCAUACAUCACUCACACACGUCAUACUAGGUAGCUGCUGUUGCUAGCAUGGGACAUCACUGUAUUUUCUUUACUAUUGUGUUCCUAAUUAAAACAGAAAAAUGCGUUAACAGCUGCAGCUAAAGGUCUGAGCCAUGUCCAUGUCCUACGCGUAUUUUUAACUAACAUAGGUUUGAUCUAAAAUAAUAACCUACAUCUACAAAUCCAUCUAGAACCGCACCGGUACUUCUGGACUCCAGCAGGCGAGUCCCGUUAGCAUGACUGCCGCAGCACGAACCGUGUUAACUCCGGUAAAGAAUAAACAAGUAGUUUGUGAAAGCUACGACACACACACACACACACACACACACACACACACACACACACACACACACACACACACACACACGCACACACACACACGCACGCACGCACGCACACACACACACACACACGCACGCACGCAUGCACACACACACGUGCACGCGCACGCACACGCACACCCACCCACACGCACACACACACACACACACACCUUAAAAGUUGUUUAAUUCUUCUUCUUCAUCAUGGUGGUGAGGUGGGGUCAGCUUGGUAGAUAGUUGUCAUGGUAACCUGCUUGAUCAUCUCUGAAACCUUGAUACCAACCAUGGGCAGGAGUCUGGUGAGCAACAUGCUGACAGCCGCCUCGGUCAGGACGUUAGCUUGCGGAGGUGUGCUCGUAACCAGAAAAGGAACACUGUCAUUAACACGUAAUGUAGCGGGUCCACGAUGGUGGACUCACGUAACUUCCUGGGCACCUCCAUCACCCAGGACCUCCAGUGGGAGCCCACCAUCACCUCCAUCAUAAAAAGCCCAGCAGAGGAUGAACUUCCUGAUGCAGCUGAAGAAAUUCAACCUAUCAGCACAGUCAGUGAGGCGGUUCUACACCGCAGUCAUCGAGUCAUCCUCACCUCCUCCAUCACCGUGUGGUACGCUGGAGCUACCACCAGGGACAAGAAGAAGCUGCAGCGUGUUGCACGCUCUGCUGAGAAGGUCAUUGGCUGCUAACUCCCCUCCAUACAGGACCUGUACACCUCCAGGUCACUGAGGCAUGCAGGUCGGAUAACAGCUGACCCGUCUCUCUGACUCGCUUAAAUUUGGCAGGAGACUCAGAUCCAUUCGGACCAGAACCUCUCACCACAAGAACAGUUUCUUCCCUUCUGCUGUUGGACUCAUGAACGACAAUCCUAGUGCUGCCCACUCCAGUCACCUGGUUGUAGUCACAUGACCCGGUGUUGUGUUUGUACCUGAACUGACCCGCUCUGAUCAGUAUGUUUAUUUAUGUUUAUGUUUAUUUAUGUUUGUUUAUUUGUUUAGCAGACGCUUUUAUCCAAAGCAGCUUACAGUUUAUAACCUAUAGGGCAUGUUGUGAUCUGUGGGGGAAACCGGAGUACCCGGAGGAAACCCACGCAUGCAUGGGGAGAACACGCAACUCCACGCAGAAAGGCCGCAGCCGAGUUUCGAACCUGCAACCUUCGUGCUGCGAGGCAACAGUGCUAACCACUGCACCACCAUGCAGCCCCCUGCACCACUGGUGCAGGCAGUACCUACGCUGUCUCUUAUACAGCAGCUGCUUCUCUAAGUAUCACCACUUUGUACUUUAUCAUGAUUACAUUCACACUUCCUGUGUUUACUCACCUGCAGAAGCAGUGUUACAUGUAACCCUAACCUCUGUAACAAAUGACCAACAAGAUGUGAUAGGUCCAUAAAAUCUGAUUGAUCUGAAUGUUUCAUCAGAACAUUCUAGUUUUACUUAUUCAGGGACCAUAAACACACUUCACAUUAAUUCAGACGGAGUCAAGUUUAGUUUAUAAAACUGAAUUUAUUUCUACUUCCCUAAACUAAUGAUUACACGAGACAAGGUAUGAAUGAUGGAAUGGAAGCUAGAUGUUUUAGCAGAACCUUUCGUAGCUAUCUGAGAGAGUUUGUGGGUUAGGGUGGUAAAAUCAGCUGUUUGGUGAACUAGAGAUUUGUUUAUAAAACCGUCCGACGCCGAGGUGUUGAGACCCUUGUGUGGAGAUCCCCUUCAGAUCCAGGGGGUCAGCAGGUCAAACUGGACGCUGCCGAUGGCGCGGACCUCUGUUACCGAAACCCGUAGAUUAUCUCUGAUAAGACCCGUCUGGUCAUGAGAUCUCUCCAGGUGGCGCAGGAAGCUGGAAUGCCUGUUUGCUUGUAAGGCUGCUCGUGGGCUCGUGGAAGAGCCGUUUGUCUGAAAUCACCAAGCGCUGCAGAGAGGCUCUGACUUGAUGAAAAAGAAGAAGAUGGUUUCAAAAUGCUUUUUCCACCAAUCUGGCCGAAUUGGGAGUCGGCUAGAAACUGAACUGGAUCAGGAAGUAAUUCCUGCCUUAUCGAAUCACUUUGUUGUUAAAUUUGACAAAUCAGAAUUUGACACGUUUGAGAGCGUUACCAAAAAUACCUCAGAAGUCACUCCUCCCUUCAGAUACAGGGAUGUGACUGUUUGUGAUGUGUAUGCGGUGAUAGAUGAAACACACACUGAUCCGGUGUGGAAAAGAUCUGAAACGGAUCGCUGUAGGAAACAUAUUCAUUUUAAACUCCAGUGAUUAAAGCACAGAUUAUUCAAACGUUUGAUUUAAACAUCUUGUUCAUUCAACACAUUUGAUUGUUUCUAGCUGUAGGUUGUUGAGUCACGUAGGAGCUUUAAGGAAGGUGAACUUUACUCAGAGGGAGACAUGCUGGGGUCGCGUGUCUGCAUGAGACCUUGGCUCAAAAUGCUGUGGCUGCUUUGGCUCGUUGCCCGUCGUACACUUGUUCUGGUCUGGAGGCCAGACAGAUGCUGUGUUUGUGUCUGCAAAUGAAGUUAUUUUCUGGUGAAAACUUGACCUUUGAUCUGUUACACAGAUGUGGGAAUAAACCCUUCUGAUUGUGGUCGUCGUCACGCACCAAUGAAAUGACUUCAGCUUACUCAGCAGUGAGCUGCAGCUGUGGCCGCGCUCGGCAACCACUUGGUGGUUCAACCCCCGGUCCAAUGAGCUGAAAGUCAAGCAGGGAGGCACUGGGUCCCAUUUUUAAAGUCUUUGGUAUGGCCUGACCGGGACUCGAACCCACAACCUCUCAUUCUCGGGGAAGACACCAGGCCACUGAGAAGGUAGAGAUUGGAGUGAUUUAGGGGCUUUUGGGGUAGUUGGUAUAUUUGUUGUGACUGUUAGUGGAUUUCAGUCCGUUCAUCUGAGUAAGCCGUCUCAGAGCCCCCCCAGCACCAGACAGUACAUGUGCUGUGGGUGGUCUACCUUGUUUCAUGUCUGGGUGCAGACUGGAGGCUCAGCUCAGGCUUUCUGAGCCCUGAAGGAGAGAAGCACAUCAAAACCAGGCAGUGCUGGGACUAAAGAAUCCUUGAACUUCCGGCAGAGGGAUUAAUUGGUUUGCUCGCUGUUAUUUCACCGAGGACUUCUCAAACUAUUUUCUAAUGUCUAGAGAACGUGUCGCUGAACUGAGGGCAAAGCAAUCUAGUUGAUAGCUAAAAAUACAUUUUGUUAAAUGGACCACCAAAGGACAGAGUAAUGCUGAGAGGCUCACAGUCCUCCAUACUUCUACUUCUUGUGUUUUUAUCAGUGCGAAAGUUAAAGUGCCACUGGUCGUCACACUGGGGAGUGACAUUUGUUCUCUGCAUCUGACCAUCUCCAGGGUGGUGUUUGGUCGCUCGUGUUAUCAGAACAGUUAGCCGGCUGCAGAGCAGUGUUAGCUCCGAGGCUGUUAAACGGAUUCAUCAGCUGGCUUUUCCCAGCGUAGAGGGGAGGCUUGAGUAGUGCAGGUUCUCCUUUCUAAGAUCUACGGCCUCAUGAACACGCACAGCCAGAACCGCUGCUCUCGUCCUCAUACAUGCUCAAACUUCACCUCAGAAAGACAAGAAAAUUAAACCUCAAAAUUUACGUGUGGGGCAGCAGUAGCUUAAGAGGUAGAGCGGGUUGUCCAGGUAUCGGAAGGUUGCAGGUUUGAUCCCGGCUCUGGACAGAGAAGGCUGUUGUGUCCUUGGGCAAGACACCUAACCCACCUCGCCCUCUGCGGGUGGCCGGGGGGACCGGUGGCGCCUGUGAACGGCAGCCUCGCCUCUGCCAGCGCCCCAGGGCAGCUGUGGCUAAAAAGGUUAAAAUAUUAAGUAUGUAACCAUUUAAACCAAAUGUUUAGCUAACAUGUAAUUUCAGAAUGCUGUUAAAUAAAGUACCCUGUCAAAAUAAAAGCAGGGUUAAGAGAUCUGAGGUCGCAGGGUGUGUGUGAAUCCAGGGCCAGGAUGCUUGUGAGGUCGGGUCCGUGUUCAGCCGCUAAACUCGGAAGCCAGCGGCUCUAAAUUCGGACAGUACUAGCCUCGUUUCUGUCCCCGCCCCAGGUCCAGCCAUGUAGCUACUGUGACGGCGGCAAACAGGCUAACAAGCUAACAAGCUAGUGAAAAUGCAUCCACUACUGAGUUUUUUCUCAUUAUAUUUGUUAUUUGAGGAGCUACAACUACUUCAUCGCCGUCGCCGGUCUUCCUAUUUCAGGCUGAGAAGCAGCCACAUCCAGGUAAAAUCAUCUUUGGUUUAGUGAACCAGAUUUCAGGCAUUACAUGCUAACUUUAGCUAGUUUCAUUUAUACGUUAAGCACCAGAAAGACCCGUGGCUAAAUGUACUAAUUAGUAUAGAGUAGACUAACACGCAUAUAGUUAAUUUAACCCGUAUACAUUUUAAACAAUUAAUGAAAUGACAUUUUGAAGUAUUUAUUUGAUCCUAAUGCUUGUUUCUGUGCAUAAAGUUCAUAGUAAAAGUAGCAUUUAAAGCUUUUUAAUGUUUAUUGUCCUUUUCAACUUGAGCCUACUAAUGCCUAGCUCUCUCCUAAACUUUCAUUCAUUUAUACAGUUUUUUAUUGUUCUCUACGUCUCUUUUAGCAGAACAGACCCCUGUACUGCAGGAUUAAUCUGAGUGUGCCAGUCCUGGACCGCUUUUUUAACCAGGAGGAUCCCAGACCAGAUUUUCGUCUGAGCAGGGAGUCUUUGGCGGUGUUGCUAAAUCUCCUGAACCAGGAUCGGCGACAUGGUUGGGGUGUUUCUGUUCCAGUUGGCAAGUGGAACAUCCUACAGGGUGGUCUCAAGAGUGUUUGGGAUGCCUCGCUCAGCUGUCCACGACAUCGUCCAUCGAGUCACAGAGGACGUGGUCGCAGUUCUCCACCAGGUCAUACACCUCCCCAAAACCCCAGAGGAGAUGGAGGUUGCGUGUCGUGGGUUUGCUGGGCUGGCUCGCCACAGAGCUUACCUGAAAGCAGCAGGUGCGAUCGACGGCUGCCACAUUCGGAUCAAGGCUCCGAGCGGUCCUGAUGGUCAGUGCUACCGAAACAGGAAACUGUUUCCAUCCAUCGUCCUGCAGGCAGUUUGUGACCAUCAGGGCCGCUUUAUCGACACCUAUGUGGGCUGGCCUGGGUCGGUCCAUGACUCCAGGGUCCUCCGGCACAGCCCACUGUACAGGCAGUCAGCCUGUCCUCCUCCAGGGCACUUCAUCCUCACAGAUGGAGGGUACCUAUGCCUCCAACAUCCACCCCCCCCCCCCCCCCCCUCAUCACCCCCUACAAACGAGUGGUUCAAGGUGUGGGAGCCCAGCGCUUCAACAGCCAUCGUUCCAGGGCACGCUGCACCAUAGAGCGUGCUUUUGGAUUGAUGAAGGCCAUCUUCCUGAAAGCGCUGGAGGUGCACCACACCUUUGUACCUCGUGUCAUCACAGCAUGCACCAUUCUGCACAACACCUGCCUCAGUGCUGGUGACACUGUGGUGCUGGACGAUGAACCUGGGGAUGAUGCUGCAGAAGAUGAGGGGGAGGCUAGUUUGGAGGCAGUCAGGGGUGCCCUCUGGGGGGACCAACUUCCUGCUGAGGUGUCUGCUCUGGAGGAGGUGCCACCAGACCACGAUUACUGUUAA